ACUGGGAAAUAAGCGACCGACACAGGGCGCCAUAUUGCUCUCAGCUGUAGUACAGGGGGAGCUUGUGUCAAAGAAGAAUUUCUAAACAUAUACAUUUCCCUGAGAUUUGUCAUCUUAAAUGGACGCCAUGGCGAGCCCAGGGAAGGAUAACUGUAGGAUGAAAAGCUACAAGAACAAAGCCCUUAACCCGCAGGAGAUGCGCCGAAGAAGGGAGGAAGAGGGCAUUCAGCUCCGCAAACAGAAGCGAGAGGAGCAGUUAUUUAAAAGGAGGAAUGUGUGUGUGCCUGCGGGUGAGGAGUCGAUGUUGGAAUGUCCCAUCCAGGAUCCAGAUGUCAGCUCAACUGUACCAGUCUCAGGUGAGGGUGUGAUCACACCAGACAUGAUUCAGAUGAUGUUCUCAGAGGAUCCAGAUCAACAGCUUGUCGCAACGCAGAAAUUUAGGAAACUACUGUCCAAAGAGCCCAACCCUCCCAUUGAUGAGGUCAUAGCCACACCUGGUGUGGUCACCAAGUUUGUGGAGUUUCUGAAGAGGAGUGAGAACUGCACCCUGCAGUUUGAGGCAGCAUGGGCCCUGACCAACAUCGCUUCCGGCACCUUCCUGCACACCAAGGUGGUGAUCGAGACAGGGGCGGUGCCCAUCUUCAUCGAGCUCCUCAACUCCGACUAUGAGGACGUCCAGGAGCAGGCUGUGUGGGCUCUGGGGAACAUUGCGGGGGAUAACGCCGAGUGCAGAGACUACGUGCUCAACUGUGGCAUCCUGCCAUCUCUACAACAACUACUUGCCAAAUCCAAUCGCCUCACGACAACUCGGAACGCCGUGUGGGCGCUGUCCAACCUGUGCAGAGGGAAGAACCCGCCCCCAGACUUCUCUAAGGUUUCCCCCUGCCUGACCGUCCUGUCCAGACUGCUGUUCAGCAGUGAUCCAGACGUGCUGGCCGAUGCCUGCUGGGCCCUCUCCUAUCUGUCCGACGGCCCCAACGACAAGAUCCAGACCGUCAUCGACUCUGGCGUCUGUCGCAGGCUGGUGGAGCUGCUCAUGCACAGUGACUAUAAAGUGGUCUCACCUGCUCUGCGUGCCGUGGGCAACAUAGUGACUGGAGAUGACAUCCAGACCCAGGUGAUCCUGAACUGCUCGGCGCUGCCCUGUCUGCUACACCUCCUCAGCAGUCCUAAGGAGUCCAUCAAGAAGGAGGCGUGCUGGACCGUGUCCAAUAUCACUGCAGGGAACCGAGCCCAGAUCCAGACGGUGAUCGAUGCCAACAUCUUCCCGGUCCUGAUCGAGAUCCUGCAGAAGGCAGAGUUUAGGACCAGGAAGGAGGCGGCGUGGGCCAUCACCAACGCCACGUCCGGAGGCACGCCCGACCAGAUCAGGUACCUGGUGUCCCUGAACACCAUCAAGCCCAUGUGUGACCUGCUGACGGUGAUGGACUCCAAGAUUGUGCAGGUGUCACUGAACGGCCUGGAGAACAUCCUGAGGCUGGGCGAGCAGGAGGCCAAGCAGAACGGCUCCGGCAUCAACCCCUACUGCGCCCUCAUCGAGGAGGCCUACGGCCUGGAUAAGAUAGAGUUCCUGCAGAGCCACGAGAACCAGGAGAUCUACCAGAAGGCCUUCGACCUGAUCGAGCACUACUUUGGGGUGGAGGAGGAGGAUGCCAGCCUGGCCCCCCAGGUGGACCAGAACCAAGCCCAGUUCCUCUUCCAGCAGCAAGAGGGGCCCAUGGAGGGCUUCCAGCUCUAACCCUUACCCUCCCCUCACCACACACAUUCUACCCUAACCCCCGUCCCUCACCUCUCCUACCCCAACUCCCCUAUCCCUCCCAUAUCCUCGGACCCUAACCCCCCACCCCUCCUCGCAACCCUCCUGACCCUAACACAUGGGCUCGAUCUCUCCUGACCCUAACCCUGCUGGAUAGAACUGACGACCCCCGCCUCGCUCCCCAUCUCCCCCUCUCAUUGAACUUGCCCUCGUGGCUUCUCCCCAGCCCUCCUUUCCCAAGGCCUGCCCCCUA